AACAUGGCGCCGUAGGUACGUUGUUAUUGUUCCGUCGCUCCGACAAGCUUUUUUGCAGUACGACGACAGCUACGCAGAAUAACGGUCGAGUGGGUUCAUGCGGGCAUGAGAGGAACAUCUGGAGAUAAUGUUAAGAUCCACCGGCUUCUUCCGAUGGAUUGACUGUCCGUUUUACACGGAGUACAGCGAUGGCAAAGGCAGCAGAAAUGGGUGUAAGAGACCGUACUGUCACUUCAGGCACAGCCAGCAGAGACGGCCGUCCUACGGAGCACCAGCAGAUGUUAAAAAGCCAAGAGACCUCCACUCCACACAGAGAGAACAAGGUUAUGAUCCUUUCAACCCAGAAGUGGUGAGGCCUCAGGAGCUGCAGAAUGGAAAGCCAGAUGAAUCAGGAGACAUCAGUGGUGCGCUGGAGCUUGUCAACAGGGCCAUUGAGGAGGUCUGCAGUGAGAUGGAGAGGGAGAAGAGGAAGCUCUCUCAGAUUGGGGACGAACCGUACAAUCCCAGUGAGAGUACCAGUUUGUCUUCGUCUGGUGCUGUCAAAAAUAAAACAGCAGCUUCACACAUGGCCUAUGAUCCCGGGAGUUAUGAGAUAACAACAGGAGGUUAUAAUCCCACCCCUGGCUGCAGCAAGUACACUCUGGAUUCAGACAACCAAGGGAACAGCAGUAACUCCAUGGAAUAUGUUCCUAUGUCACUGAAAAAGCCUCCUCCUCGGACACAUACUCACCAACUCCCCUCUCCUCCCCCCAGCCCAAAAUAUUCAAACAGCUUCUCCUUAAAGUGUAAAUACACUGUGGACAAUUCAAGACCAUCUACAGACAUGGAGUAUGACCCACUUUCCAACUACUCGGCAGGAAUCACAGUGAAAAGCAAGAGGGACAAGGGUGCACAAGCUGUCAAGAUGGACAGGAGCAAGACACACAAACUACCCAUGUCUGAUUUGUCAGAUGAGGAAUAUGCUGUAGCUGUGAAAAAGCCACGGCAGCAGAGUGUAGACACAAAAAAGUACACUAUCUCUGACUCUGAUGGGGAGAGCUCUGGAACAGAGUAUCGACCCACGUCUCUUAGCAAUCUCCAGCAGAGAAGAAGUAAGACUGGGUCAGCUGGUGACGCUUUUGGGAAGGAGAGAACUGAAAGUGUAGUAAAUGCACUGACACAAAGGAAUAAAGAGGACAUGGCACACGACUCAGAUGUCCAGGAAGAUCUUAAACGAAAGGACAAUCUAGAGAAAAAGAAGGUGACUAGUCAAACUAAUCACGAGAAAAGUGGCAAAUCUGACAAAAUGCAUAAACUUGAAAAAGAAGUAAGCAGGACAUCUAGUACUAAGAGUAGUAGCAGCAGUAGUAAGGACAGAGGUUCAAUAAAGAACUCAAAUCAGGACUCUGCAAAAAAGGAGAACAAGAGUCUUGUGAAGAGAGAUGAUAGAAAAAACACAGUAAAGGAUAAGACAAGUGAUAAAGUUCAGAGGGAGGGCAGAGACGAGAAGAGGAGUGAUGGUAAGAUCAAAACUGUGGAAAAAGUUAAGACGGACUCAAGCAGACGAGAUAAAGAUACAGAAAAUGGUGCAAGUGAAAGCAAGAAACUUAAAACAUUAGACAAGGAAAAGGAACACAGCAAGUAUAAGGACCGCCAACAUAACAAUGGUAAACUUGAUCAAUGUAAAAGAGAAAAGGAUGUGAAGAAAAGCAGUAAAAGCGGUUCUCGGAGUGGGAGCAGUAGCAGUCACAGUAAAGGGAGUUCUGCAAACAGCAUUAAGGUGAAGCAAAACAUCAGCUCAUCAAAUGGGAAGAGGCUUGAGGACAAACGGCAAAGUCUGAGUCUGAGCCACGCUGAUCUGUUUGGAGAUGAGAGUCCAGAUGAAGCUGAACCGAUGGAGGUGGACAACACCGAUGAAGAAGCAGAGGAAGUUUUGGUGAGAAAAUCAGCGGAUGCUUUAAAGAGGGGACGUCUAAACAAGAGGAAAGCAUCAGAGCUGACUCCGUCCUCCUCUGACAAUGAGGGUGAAUGUGGUGUGGAAGGCAGCAGUGCAGGUAAAGAAGAGGUCGAUGGCGUUGGAAUCGACUUCUCUGCUUUCCAGGAUGAUCUGGACUUUGACUCAGAUCCCAUGGAGGAGUGUUUGCGGAUCUUCAAUGAAUCCAAGGAUGUGAAGAGGGAAGACAAGGGAAGGCAAACAAAACAGCCCUCUAGGGAUUCAGAGGAGGAGAAAAGCACAGAGAGCACUUUAACCACUCUCUUCCCCGGUCAAAAGAAGAGAGUCUCCCAUUUUGUUGCCAAAGGAAAUUCUGAAGCACCUUCUAAGACUGUGGUGCGGCCGUACAAGAGACCCACAGCCCAGGAGGUCUGCUACCAGCGUAUGCAGAUGGCGCAGCAGCAAGCUGCGCAGCUUUCUGCUUCAGUCAAAGUUGCCUCACAGAGCUCCAGCCCCAGCUUCUCUGGAGAGAGGAAGAGAAUAGCGCACCGUCCCAACCCACACAUAACAUCCUCCAAAACAAGUUCUUCAGAUGCUAAGCCAGCUGUCAGUCGAGUGUUAUCCCCCAGCCAGACUCAUCAAUCUGUAAAGGCUCAAACCACAGCCGGUAUUUUGUCCAAGACCACGUCCACUAUAAUGGCGAAGAGGUUGGCACACACACCCACCUUGAAGAGUACUUCGAUGAAGCGCCCUGUCAUCCCCACUGAGUUUGGGGCCAAAGUUCCCACCAACGUACGCCAGCGCUACCUCAACACUUUCAUAGAUGAAUGUGUCAAAUUCUGCCCGUCAGAGGACGUUGCCUUCCAGAUGGCCCUUGAUGAGGAGAAGCUGGUGUAUGAGCGCAGCAGCAGUAGGAACAUCUACCUCAACGUAGCUGUCAACACUCUGAAGAAGCUGCGCAGCAAGAGCAGCUCCUGUCCAUCACCUGUCACCAAGGAUCCAGGGUUAGUCACUAACAGGAGGGCCCAGUCCCAUGAGGAAGUUCUGGGGGGGCGUCUGGCUGCUACAACCAGCUUCACUGUUAACAGAAUGGGUAAACAACAGGAGGAGAAACUCACUGGAGCCACGCUCUACAGGAAGCUGAAGGCGUACCUGAUGACAGAGGAGCAGCUCCAGGAGCAUGGAUACCCAAGAGUAAACCCAGAGGCGGCUGGCAAGGCAAUCAUACACAACCUCCCAGAGAAAAAGGCCAUUGCAGACCCGCUCAGCAAGAUAUGCUGUAGAUGUGGAGCAGAAUAUAAGAUCAACGUCAAUGGCAACUGUGUGCGGAAAGAGGAAUGUAGUUAUCACUGGGGACGUUUACGCAGAUAUAAAGUCGCUGGAGCCUGGGAGACCAACUACAGCUGCUGUGCUGCUGCUGUGGGCUCUCCAGGCUGCCAAGUUGCCAAGCAACAUGUUCAGGAUGGACGUAAAGAGUCAUUAGAUGGCUAUGUAUCAACAUUCAGUAAACCUCUACCACCAGACGGCAAUGGAGGGGUGUUUGCUUUGGACUGUGAGAUGUGUUACACAAAACAGGGCCUGGAACUGACAAGAGUGACGGUCAUUGACUCAGAGAUGAAAGUCAUCUAUGACACGUUUGUCAAACCUGAAAGCAAAGUGGUCGACUACAACACACGAUUUUCAGGUGUGACGGAGGAGGACUUGGAGAGCGCCACCAUCACCCUGAGAGAUGUUCAGGCUGUGCUGCUCAGUAUGUUCAGUGCUGAAUCCAUUCUCAUAGGACACAGCCUUGAGAGCGACCUCCUCGCUCUGAAGCUUAUCCACAGUUCAGUCGUAGACACAGCCAUUGUGUUCCCUCACCGCCUCGGCUUGCCGUACAAACGUGCCUUGAGGAACCUGAUGGCUGAUCACCUCAAACGCAUCAUCCAGGACAACGUGGAGGGCCACGACUCGAGCGAAGAUGCGUCUGCCUGCAUGGAGCUGAUGAUUUGGAAGAUCAAGGAGGAUGCAAAGGUCAAAAGAUGACCUCUGACUGCUCUGCUCCACUUUCCUCAGCAUGAGGGGGGUAGCGCAGUGGGAAGUUUUCAGCAGAACAGCCUGAGACGAGCUCAGUGUUGUUCUAACCUACUGUAUCGGAGAAGAGAACAAUAAGCGCCCUCGAAGCAAAAUGACCCCAAAUUAACAGUGUUUUCAUUUCCUUGUUGGUAUUUCAGUUGUGGAUAUUGUUAGUUUAAAAUUAUUUCUGUUAUUUGAGCAGGGGAGGCGGGGGGGGGGGGGUUAAGGCCUCAAACAGUCAUGAAUAAAAUACUUCUAUAGAAGAACGACUGAAAAUGCCAGGGCAUUGUCCACUGAACGAUGAUGAUGAUGAUAACAAAUACGAUAUUAAUGCCAGGCUGUAUCCUCAGCCUAAAUUGCACUAUAGAACUGCUCUUGUUGUAUAGGGCCCAAGUCUGAGUACCUCAUCUGUGUUAUACUGCUUUCAAUUCUAAUGAAUAGCACAUUACUUGUUCUUAGUUACACUUAAGUGCAUUGAUGUCUUAGUCUGUUGAGAAUUGCUAUGUAAAUGCACUUUUCACGUUGCACCUCGUUUCUCAUCACUGAUGCUCUGUUGUAUAAACAACAGCGCAUCACCCGUACUCUGUUGUUUAUACAGCGGUUCUUAUCAAGUUAAAUUUGUUGGUUGACUCUUAAACCUGACUAAUCCUAUAAUACUUGAUCAUUUAAAAAGAACCUCAGCAGACAUGUAAAGUCUCUGCUACUACCUAUUUAGUAAAGCUGAUGGAAGAUAUCGCUGUGUUUUAUAGUUCAGUCAAAAUACCGACUAUAUCCACUUCUAUCUGUGUCGUGCACUGCAUGAAAUAAAAACUACAGGAAUGUUGGUGAUAGCAGGUAUGACAUGUUAUUCCUCCAUAAAGUUGAAAGUAGGUUCAGUAUUGUUGAAUUAGGCCCGGGUUAUUAAUUAGAGACAAUUAUCAUUUAGUGUGUAUCAGCUAACCCGCGCUGUUUUAUGUUGAAAAUGGCUGAAAAAAAUACCCGAAUGCUGUAAAUAUGCAGUUUCCUUUUGUAUUUUUGGUUGUUUAUCUUUUUCUAUUAAAAGGUAUUCGUUAAAAGAA